AUGGUGAGAUUGCUCAGAGGACUUCGCCCGAAGAGUCUUAUCCGGCCCUUCGGCUUCGGCACCCCUUGGGAUGGUAGACGGUACAUCCAAGAGCGCCCGCAGGUCCCGCCUUCUCGUACGUGGAAACAGAUGUUCACGGGCGCCAUGCCACCCUUCGACUUGUCCGCGCUCCUGGACACCUCUGGCUCCUCCAGCAAUGCGCAGCUCCUGGCCAAACAACAAAGCCCUGACCGCGUUAAGCACCUGGUCUUCUUCGACGACCUUACAAAACUUUGCGAUGUCGCGUCGGAAGUCUUGGAGCUUGUUGAAAAGCACGAGCCUCUAGAAGAGGUCUUGCGCAGGUCUCAGGAGGCGACUUGGGAGGAGGGCAGCGAAGCCGCGGGUUCAUUGAUGGAUCCAUUCUCUGUCUUCUGGGAAUAUUGCUUUGCCCCAGCAAUCGCGAGGGGCAAUCGCCAUCUUUCUCCUGUGGCCAAAGUCGGGGUCGACAAAUAUACCCAGGACUUCUUGGCAAAUCCAGCGAGUCAAUUCUUUGGCUGGUUGUACCGGCAUCCUCCCUGUCCAAUCGUGAUUACGCAGACCCAGCAAGUGUCGUGGGGGCCGACGGGCAAAGUCGAUGUAGCCAUCCAAGCCACCGUAUUCGUCUCCACUUCAAGCAAAAUGAAGAAGUCUGAAACCGCGAUUAUGCUCCUUUUUGAAGACAAAACAUUACCCGUCUUCCAGGGGUUCGCCGGCAGCUUGGAUAGUAAACAGUCAGACGCAAAUAAUGUCUACAUGCCCUCUGGCACUGGGCGGUCACCGAGUAUGGUCGACUUUCAUUAUCCAGCUGGCAAGAUGGAGGGCACGUCCCAAUAUGUUUUCACCAACGAGCGGAAGGCGCGCCGGAUCCGGCACUAUGAAGCUGUCAUUACUCAAAUGGCUACAUACAUGUACCAGCACCAAACCAAUUAUUCUUCCCUUUGUGCGGGAGCUCACUCGUCUUGUUCAUCAUCAAGAAGAAGAACUAUUUGCUGAUCAGCAAGGCCUUUGAGAUAUGCGCAAGUCGUCCGUAUGCAACAAUGCUCAGCUGACGUGCUCCUGUCAUGACAGGGGGAUCGCAAACAGCUCGCGAUCAUUGGCCUAAUCUUAUACCGCGCUCUCUUCGGCGUAUCGCGAGGAGCCGAGUAUGAGUUCAAAGCUAUGCCCAGAUAUCUGAGCGAGGCAUUGCGCGGUAUCUUCAAAAAACAUCUGCCCGCCCUCGAAGACGACACGGUGCUGCGAGUGGCGUCAGUUGAUCCUCAAGUAUUGAAAUUGCCUGACGCAUUGGAGGAUGAUGUUGAGGCAUCCGAUGAGGACCUCGAUACCAGUGCCUCUGAGGACGGUGCGGAUGAAGGGGUCGCCGGAGUAUCUGAUGACGACCCCGACGUCGUCUCUUCAGACAAUGCAGAUAGAGAGGUCGCCCGUGCCUUCGCAGCCGACCCUUGUAACUAUCUAUCUCCGUCGGACUUCAAACAGACCUGGUUUCCGACCUCCUCGCCAGUCGACUUAAAAGACCUUCGCCUGGAUCCUUUGUCCAUUGCCCCACAUGUCUUUAGGGGUAGACUCGGACAAAAGAAUGUUGUUACCAAGAUAGUUCCGACAUGGAAGGCUUCGGAUAUGGAUCACGAAUGUCAGAUCUAUGAUCGAUUGAAAGGCUUGUGGGGCAGCGGCGUUGCAAUGCCUUUCGGGUCAUUCGAUUUUCCCCUGGGGAAGAUGUUAAUCUUGAGUGAUGAAGGGGAGCCGCUGGGCGAGUGGUUAUCGGAGCGCCAAAAGGUGUACGAUUUUCUUGAGAAAGUGCACGAGCUCAACAUCAUGCAUAACGAUCUUCACCUCCACAAUGUCUUGAAGGACAAGGAGGGCAAUCUGACGCUGGUGGGAUUUCAGGACGCCACUGGCCAUCUGGGAGGAGAAUGUUACUGGACUUGCCCUGAGCUGUUCAGGUUCAGAAUGCCAUGGUUCCCAGCCGAUUGGCAAGAGAGUCGAGAUGCUGCAAUUCUGUAG